GGGGCGCGGAGGGCGGUGGCGGCGGCCGCAAGUGCUCGGCGGCAAGGAUCGCUUUGGCCCGGCCCGGCCCGCACGGCGCUGGGCGCGGAGAACGGCCAUGCCGCCGCGGCGCAGUAUCGUGGAGGUGAAGGUGCUGGACGUGCAGAAGAGGCGGGUGCCCAACAAGCAUUAUGUCUACAUCAUCCGAGUCACGUGGUCCAGUGGCGCCACGGAGGCCAUCUACCGGCGCUACAGCAAGUUCUUUGACCUCCAGAUGCAGAUGUUGGACAAGUUCCCCGUGGAAGGGGGACAGAAGGACCCCAAGCAGAGGAUCAUCCCAUUUCUGCCAGGCAAAAUCCUCUUUCGCCGCAGCCACAUCCGGGAUGUAGCCGUCAAACGCCUGAUACCAAUUGAUGAGUAUUGUAAGGCCCUGAUCCAACUGCCCCCCUACAUCUCUCAGUGCGAUGAGGUGCUGCAGUUUUUUGAGACAAGACCUGAGGACCUGAAUCCCCCGAAAGAGGAGCAUAUCGGGAAGAAGAAAUCAGGGAGUGACCCGACCUCAGUGGACCCUAUGGUCCUGGAGCAGUAUGUGGUGGUAGCAAACUAUCAGAAGCAGGAGAGCUCAGAGAUCAGCCUCAGUGUGGGCCAAGUCGUGGACAUCAUCGAGAAGAAUGAGUCAGGUUGGUGGUUCGUCAGCACUGCUGAAGAGCAAGGCUGGGUCCCUGCAACCUGCCUCGAGGGCCAGGAUGGUGUGCAAGAUGAGUUUUCCCUUCAGCCUGAAGAAGUUUCCUGGAGGUACUGCUCUCUGCCCCGGUCUGUGGGUCGCCGCCGGACUCUGGGGGACUUGUAUGCCAUCAGCUGGCGUCAAGAGGAGAAGUAUACGGUCAUCUACCCGUACACAGCCCGUGAUCAGGAUGAAAUGAACCUGGAGCGAGGGGUUGUGGUGGAGGUCAUCCAGAAGAACCUGGAGGGCUGGUGGAAGAUCAGGUUCCAGGGCAAAGAGGGCUGGGCCCCUGCUUCCUACCUAAAGAAGAGCAGUGGGGAGCCCUUGCCUCCAAAGCUGGGCCCCAGCUCAUCCGCUCACUCAGGGGCCCUUGACCUGGAUGGUGUUUCCCGGCAACAGAAUGCUGUGGGCAGGGAGAAGGAGCUGCUCAACAACCAGAGGGAUGGCCGGUUUGAAGGUCGCCUGGCGCCAGACGGUGACGUUAAACAGAGAUCACCAAAGAUGAGGCAAAGACCCCCUCCUCGCCGGGACAUGACCAUUCCUCGAGGCCUCAACCUGCCGAAGCCUCCCAUCCCACCCCAGGUGGAAGAAGAAUAUUACACCAUUGCCGAGUUCCAGACCACCAUCCCAGAUGGCAUCAGCUUCCAGGCCGGCCUAAAGGUGGAGGUUUGACCAAAAACAAACAAACAAAGAAAUACAGGACAUUGUCACUACAUGCCAAGCUUGCCAAAUGACAAGCCCCGCCCCAAAGAUCACAUGUGCAAAGAGAGAAAGAGGAACCUUGCUAGGAGUCUACUGGGAAGUAGACUUUACAGAGGUAAAACCAGCAAAGUUGGGUUACGAAUGUUUUAGUGUUUAUCGAUACUCUCUCAAGAUGGACUGAGGCAUUCCCAACCACGAAAGAGACUGCUCAAACUAUAAGUAAAAAUCUACUGAGGAAAUAAUACCUCCAUUUGGGACUCCUAUGGCCUUGGAAUCUGACAGUGGACCAGCCUUCAUUUCAUCUCUCAGGUUAGUCAAACAUUACCAAAAGCAUUGUGGGUAAGUUGGCAACUACGUGGGGCAUAUAAUCCCCGAAGUUCAAGACAGACAGAAAGGAUGAAUUGGACCUUGAAGAAGGUUAACCCUAAAUUAACCCUAGAAACUGGUGAUGACUAGGUGACCUUCCUCCCUUCCCUUUGUCAUCUCGAGAGUCAGAAACACGUCUUCCAUAGAGGGAGUGACUCCAUCCACAUGAAAUAAUGUUGGUUAACAUAAUUAUAGCCCUACUGUACCCUCUAUGUAUGUUACUGUUAAUUCUAACCCAUGGGCCAUGCCUUAUCAAUACCCUCAUGUCCUUCAGCUGGAAAAGAAUGCUUUGUGGGGAUGGCACAACCCUCAUCAGCAGAGACUGAGAACGCUGGAAGAGUACAAGGGCUGGACAUGUAGUUCAGAGGAACCAUGCUUGCUUUGCACGCACAAGCCCUGUCCAGUCUCAACACUGCCAAAAAACAAACAAACAAACAAACAAACAAACAAACAAAAACAAAACAACAAAACAACAUACCAAAGUGAACAGCAGGUGUGACGGCCUACAUCUAUAAUUCCAGCAAUGGGAGGCGGAGCCUGGAGACCCAUCUCACUACAUAGUGAGUUUGAAGGUGUUGUGGACUGUGUGAGACCCUAUCUCAAAAUAAAAGGACAAAACCAGGAGGAAGGAAGAACAUGUCUGCUAUGGUAUCAUUUAGCUGUAUGUGAGUGAGUGUGCUUUAAAUAUUCAACAAUUUGCAUUUAAUGGUGUUCUCCAGCCCGGAUUCUACAAGCCAUUCUCAGGACUCCUUCUAGAACUGGAUCACGUUCAGCCAGUGUAUUCCAGUGUUGCCUGUUUAGAACAGGACGGGUUUCCUGCCAACUUAGGGUAUGUACUGGCCUGUCGUAUAGAUACACUAGCAAUCUUCCUCUGGGAGCAGGGCACACAGUGGAUGCAGGUAGAAGACCCUGUGCCUUGCAUACCUAGAGAGACUAUGGGACUCAGCUGAGGCUCUCUCCUAUUGUCAGAGGGUGUGUGACUUCAGAUGAGCAAGCCCUGAGGUGCACGUUGGCCUUACUUGCUGUUUGUUCUUUUGGUUUUUUGUUAUUCCUGUCGUUGUUUUUGAGACAGAGUUUCCUCUGUGUAGCCCUGGCUGUCCUGGACUCCCUCUGUAGAUCAGGCUGGCUUCAAAGUCUGAGAUCCACCUGCCUCUGCCUUCCAAGUGUUGAGAUUAAAGACAUUCAAGCUAUAAUUUUAUGGUAUUUUCAACAUGCCAAAAAUAAAAAUAAAAAUAAUAGUUUCUCCUUUUUCAAGAAAUGAAAAAUUGGCAACCACCAAUCUGCUUUUUGACCAUUUACAGUUGACUGUUUUCAAACACUACUCAUCAAUGGAGUCAUUUGGGAAGUGGUCUUAGGUGUGUAUAGUGUAAGGUCAGCAGGCUGAAGGAAGCAGGAGGAUCACAAGUUCAAGACCAGCCUGAACUACAAAGCAAGUCCCGUCUCAAAAGGGUUAACUUUUGUGACUCACUCCACAGUGGCAGUGUGCAGCAGCGGUGGCGGUGGCGGCGGCAGGAUACUUUGGGUUUUGGUGUGUACAGCUGGUCUUACUGGCCAGACCAUGUUUGGUUGCCUCUCAUCUUUGAAGGGCGUUUGGGUGGUUUCCACCUCUUGGAUAUUCUGAGUAUAGCUGCUAUGAAUAUUCAUGCGUAAGUUAUUGUGUAGAUCCAUGUUUUUUUCAGUUGUCUUGGAUAUAUAUUCAUGGGAAUGGAAUUGCUGGUUCAUGCAGCAACUAUAAAUAUAACUUUUUGAGGGAUUACCAAACUCUUUUGCAAAGAAACUUUACCCACUUUCAUUAAUGUCAGUGAUGUGUGUGUGUGUGAGGGGAAGUCCCAACCUAUAUUAUCCAUUUAUCUUUUUAAUUUUAGCCGUCAUGGUCCAUCUGAAAUGGUAUUUCAUCGUGGUUUUGAUUUACGCUUUUCUUUUUAAAAAAAGAUUUAUUUUGAUUCUGUAUAUGAGUGUUUUGCAACUAUGUAUGUCUAUGUACCACAUACCCAACUAUGGUCUCAGAGACCAAAAAGUGUCUGAUCUUCUGGAACUGGAAUAACAUAUGGUUGUGAGCUACCAAAUAGGUGCUGAGAAUGGAGCCAGAUCCCCAGGAAGAUCGGCCAGUGCUCUUAGCAACUGAGUCAUCUCUCCAGCCCCUGAUUUGUAUUUUUCUAACAGGUAAUGAUGUUGAAUAACUGUUUAAAUGUUUUUGGGCCAUUCAUAUACCUUCUUUGAAGAAGUAUUUAUUAAUCAAAUCCAACAACUUAUGAUCAGUAUUUGGGAGGGGAAAGUGGGAGGAAAAGGAGAAGUUCACCUACAUAGGGAACUUGAGGCUAGCCUUGGCUACAUGGGAUCCUGCCUUAAAAGCAGAAUGAGCAGAUUGUGGUGGCACAUGCUGGUAGGAUUUGCUGAAGGAGGAAGAGGCAGGAGGAUCAUGAGUGGGCCAACCUGGGUUACACAUUUUGGGUUUGGGGAUUUAGGUCAGUGGUAGAGAGCUUGCCUUGCAAGCGCAAGGCCGUGGGUUUGGUCCUCAGCUCUGAGACAAAAAAAAAAAAAAAAAAGCAGAAAGAAAUCCCUCAAUAUUUCAAUUAGGUUGUCUUUUUGUAGAAAUUCUUGAUAUAUUAUGGGCAUCAAACCUUCAUUGGUUAUACAAUUUGCACAUUUUCUCCUAUUGUGUUGCCACUUAUAAUUUUUUGUAUAGGUGUGUAAUGUAUGUACUCAGUGUGGAUAUGUGCCUGCUGGUUGCAAUGUACAUGUGUGCUUACAUGUGUGUAGGCCAGAGAUCAACCCUGGGUGUCUUCCUUUUUUCACUGUUUGGUUUGGUUUGAGACAGGGCUUCUCUGUGUAUCCCUGGUUGUGCUGGGACUUUCUAGGAUUCAAGGCGUGCACCACCACCUCCUGCUUUCUGCCUUAACUGCUCUCUGCCUUAAUUUUUGAGACAAGGUCUCUCACUGACCCUGAAGCUCAAUGGCUAGACUCCUCUUUGCCUUCCCAGCACUAGAACUACAGACCUAAGGCUUUUUGUGCAGAUGCUAGGUCCUCAUUCUUUCUCAGCGAGCACUCUACCAGCUGAGCCUCCUUUCCAGCCUCCCUCCCCCCAUUGAGACAGAGUCUCUCUGUUUUGUAGCCUGGGCUGUCCUGGAACUCCAUAAGUAGACCAGGCUGGCCUUGAACUCACAGAGAUCUGUCUGCCUCUGCCUCUGCCUCUCACGUGCUAAGAUUAAAGGCAUGUGCUACCAUGCCCAGGGUUCUUUUGUCCCUUUUUGAUGCUGCCAAAUCGUGUUUGUUGAAUCCUUUCUGCAUUUUUCACCUUCUUUGUACUUGGGGUUGAACUCACUGUUCUUGCUUUUUAUGUAGUAUGUAAGAAAGCAUUCCCCAGCCCUGGGUCACAGGGAGUAGCCCCUAUGUUUCUUGAUAAGUGGCCUCUUAUCAUUUUAGCUUUUCUUUUCAGAUCUUUAAUUCCUUUUGCAUUCAUUUUUAUCUAUGAUGUGAUACAGGAAUUCAACUCCACCUUUUGCAUAAGGAAAUCCAAUUAUCCUGUUAUUUGUUGAGAAGGCUACUCAUUCCCCUGCUGAAUUGUCUUGGCUCCUUUGUGGAUGCUCAAUUGACCAUGAACAACAGGGCUUUCUUCCUCCCAUCCAACUCUUAGUGUGGUUUUAAUUAACUUGAAUUUCUUUUACUUUCAAGUUUCAUGUUUAAAGCUUAUUUUAGUUUUGUUGUGUGCGUGAGUUGUCUGUUGCUUUUGUCAAAUUUUUAAAUUUUUUAAAGAUUUAUUAAUUUAUUUUAUGUGAGUACACUGUCGCUGUCUUCAGACACAGCAGAAGAGGGCAUUGGAUUCCAUUACAGAUGGUUGUGAACCACCAUGUGGUUGCUGGGAUUUGAACUCAGGACCUUUAGAAGAGCAGUUAGUGCUCUUAACCACUGAGCCAUCUCUCCAGCCUUUGCCAAAUUUUUAACAGGAAGCCUUUGGACCCCUUUUCCCUCUGAUUUUGAAGGCUUUCAACUAUUAGAAAAAUCUAUCGUUUUUCUGUGACUCAAAGAGAAAAUCAUUUCUCCCUGUGGGUCACCUGUCUUCUGAUUUAGAUUGUGAUGAGUUUUAGUCAUGUGAGAAGCUUUACUUUAAUUUUUUUCUUUUAGUCAAGCGAAUCAAAGACUUCUGCUAUACCUGGCAUUUUUGUUGUAUAUUUUGCCUUGAGCACAGCCAUUUAAAUUUAAAACAUAUGCACACGGAAUGAGAAUUCCAGCUGGGCCUGGUGGCUCACAACCGUAAUCCCAGCACUUGGGAGACUGAGGGAGGAAAUUGGGAGAGGACAGCCUAGGCUACCAAGUGAGACCAAAAGAUAAAGCAAGGCACAAAGCCCCAUCUUUACCAUGUGCAGUGCAGUAUGUGCAGUGCAGCACUGAUCUACCUAUCUCACUUUAAAACAUUGGUAGCUUUAGUUGGGUUGGGGUUAACUUUAUCCGCUAAUCUGGUGAGAAAGAAGAAUGAUCCAGUCAGAGAACAAGGGUAUCUUCUUCUCCGAGAAAUCUCUUCUGUGUCUUUGAACAUUUUCCUCAUAUACGUACCCCUGUGUUUUAUUAUCAUAAACUAUUUUCCUAUGUUGCUAGUUUUUCUUGUAUUAAAACUAUUGAAUUUACUGUGCUGAUUGUGUACACUGGACACUGUAGAAGACUUUUGCUGGUUUGUUUUGCUAUUUGCCUUGAUUUUUCUAAGGUCUUGGGUACAGACAUGGUGUUGAGGAGGAGAGGUAAUUUUAUCUAUUUUUUCCCUAAUUGUUUUUACAUUUUUUUCUUGACACAGGGUCUCAUGUAGCCCAAUGUGUCUUUGCACUCCAGCAUCUCCUGUCUCUACUUCCCCAAUGCUGGGAUGACAGGCAUGCAUGUACUACUAAGAAUGUUUUUUUUUUUCCUAAUUCUUUAUUUUAUCUUUUUUUUUUUUCAAGACAAGGUCUCACUAUAUAGAUGAGGCGGGUCUUGAACUCACAGAGAUCAGCCUGCCUCUGUCUGAGCAAAUGUUGGGAUUAAAGGUAUGUGCCAUCCUCUAUAUCUGGAUAAUCUUGUUUUUCAAUUAGCUUAAAAAGUAGCAAACUGGGCAGUGGUAGUGCAAGCCUUUAAUCUUGGCACUUGGAAGGCAGAUCUCUGUGAGUUUCAGGCCACCAUGGUCUACAAAGUGAGUUCUAGGACAGCCAGAGCUAUAGAAAAAAACCCUGUGUCAAAAAACAAGUAAGUGAAAGAUCUAUGACAAGAACUUCAGGUAUCUGAAGAAAUAAAUUGUUGAAGAUCUCAGAAGAUGGAAAGAUCUCCCAUGUUCAUGGAUUGGCAGAAUUAAUAUUGUAAAAAUGGCUGUCUUGCCGAAAGCAAUCUACAACUUCAAUACAAUCCCCAUCAAAAUUCCAACUCAAUUCUUCAGAGUUCAUAAGGGCAAUUUGCAGAUUCAUUUGAAAUAACAAAAAACCCAAGAUAGCAAAAACUAUUCUCAACAAUAAAAGAACUUCUGGGGGAAUCACCAUCUUUAACCUUCAGCUGUAUUACAGAGCAACAGUGAUAAAAACUGUAUCGUAUUGGUACAGAGACAGGCAGAUAGACCAGUGGAAUAGAAUUGAAGACCCAGAAAUGAACCUACACACCUAUGUCACUUGAUUUUUUUGACAAAGGAGCUAAAACCAUCCAAUGGAAAAAAGACAUCAUUUUCAAUAAAUGGCGCUGGUUUAACUGGAGGUCAGCAUGUAGAAGAGUGCAGAUCAAUCCAUUCUUAAUGCCUUGUACAAAACUCAAGUCCAAGUGGAUCAAGGACCUCCACAUGAAACCAGAUACACUGAAGCUAAUAGAAGAGAAUGUGGGGGAAGAGUCUCGAACACAUGGGCAUAGAGGAAAAUUUCUUGAACAGAAUACCAAUGGCUUACACUCUAAGAUCAAGAAUCAUCGGGGUUGGGGAUUUAGCUCAGUGGUAGAGCGCUUGCCUAGGAAGCACAAGGCCCUGGGUUCGGUCCCCAGCUCCGAAAAAAAAAGAACAAAAAAAAAAAAAAAAAGAAUCAUCAAGUGGGACCUCAUAAAAUUGCAAAACUUCUGUAAGGUAAAGGACAUUGUCAUUAGGACAAAACAGCAACCAACAGAUUGGGAAAAUAUCUUUACUAAUCCUACAUCUGAUAGAGGGCUAAUAUCCAAUACAUACAAAGAACUCAAGAAGUUAGACUCCAGAGAAUCAAAUGACCCUAUUAAAAAUUGGGUUACAGAGCUGAACAAAGAAUCUUCAGCUGAGGACUAUUGAAUGGCCAAGAAGCACCUGAAGAAAUGUUCAACAUGCUUAGUCAUCAAGGAAAUGCAAAUCAAAACAACCCUGAGAUUCCACCUCACACCAGUCAGAAUGACUAAGAUCAAAAACUCAGGCGACAGCAGAUGCUGGUGAGGAUGUGGAGAAAAAAGAACACUCCUCCAUUGUUGAUGGGAUUGCAAGCUGGUACAACCACUCUGGAAAUCAGUCUGGAGGUUCCUCAGAAAAUUGAGCACAGUACUACCUGAGGACCCAGCUAUACCUCUCCUGGACAUAUAAUGCUCCAACAUAUAACAAGGACACGUGCUCUACUAUGUUCAUAGCAGCCUUACUUAUAAUAGCCAGAAGCUGGAAAGAACCCAGAUGUCCUUCAACAGAGGAAUGGAUACAGAAAAUGUGGUACAUCUACACAAUGGAAUACUACUCAGCUAUCAAAAACAAUGACUUCAUGAUAUUCUUAGGCAAAUGGAUGAAACUAGAAAAUAUCAUCCUGAGUGAGGUAACCCAAUCACAAAAAAACAAAAAAACAAAAAAAACCAACAACAACAACAGCAACAACAACAACAAACACAUGGCAUGCACUUCACUGAUAAGUGAAUAAAUAGCCCAAAAGCUUAGAAUACCCAAGAAACAAUUCACAGAUCAUAUGAAGCUUAAGAAGAAGAAAGACCAAAUUGUGGAUGCAUCAAUUCUUCUAAGAAGGGGGAACAAAAUACUCACAGGAGAAAAUACAGGGACAAAAAGUGGAGCAGAGGGGCUGGGGAUUUAGCUCAGUGGUAGAGCGCUUGCCUAGGAAGCACAAGGCCCUGGGUUCGGUCCCCAGCUCUGAAAAAAAGAAAAAGAAAAAAAAAAGUGGAGCAGAGACUGAAGGAAAGGCCAUCCAGAGACCCAUCCAGGGAUCCAUCCCACAUACAGCCACCAAACCCAGACAAUAUUGCUGAUGCCGAGAGGUGCAUGCUGACAGGAGCCUGAUAAAGCUGUCUCUUGAGAGGCUCUGCCAAAGCUUGACAAAUGGUGGGAUGCUCGCAGCCAACCAUUGAACUGAGAAUGGGGUCCCCAAUGGAGGAGUUAGAGAAAGGAUUAAAGGAGCUGAAGGGGGUUGCAACCCCAUAAGAAGAACAAUAUCAACCAAUCAGACCCACCCCCCAGAGCUGCCUGGGACUAAACCACCAUCCCAAGAGUACACAGGUAUGGGCCUAUGGCUCCAGCUGCAUAUGUAGCAGAGGAUGGCCUUGUCCAGCAUCAAUGGGAGGAGAGGCCCUUGGUCUUGUCAAGGCUUGAUGCCCCAGUGUAGGAGAAUGUCAAGGCUGGAAGGUGAGAGGGAAUAGAAGCAGGGGGAGAUAGCAGGGUUCUGGAGGGGAAACUGGGAAAGGGGGUUAACAUUUGAAAUGUAAAUUUUUAAAAUCCAAUUAAAAAUGUUUAAAAAAUACGACAAAAAGUAGUACCCAUCUCCUAUCCUAAUGAUUUUUCUAUACUAACCCUGACUCCUCUGCUCUUCCUUUAUCUCCUGUUUCUGUCUCUGUCUCUCUGUCUCUGUCUCUGUUUCUCUCUGUGUGUGUGUGUGUGUGUGUGUGUGUGUGUGUGUGUGUUUGAGAGAGAGAGAGAGAGAGAGAGAGAGAGAGAGAGAGAGUUUUUGCAAUUCUCAUGCCAACUUAACUUUCUAAAAAAAUUACUUUAAGUGUGUGGAUGGUCUGCCUGCAUGUAUGUUUGUGUGCAUGGGCAUACCUGGUGCCCACAAAGGUAGAAGGUGUUGGAUCCCCUGGAACUGGAGUUACAGUUGUGAGCUACCAUGAGGUUCCGGGACCCAAGCUUGGUUCUCUGGAAGAGCAGCAUUGGUCUUCACCUCUGAGCCAUCUCUCCAGUCCCCAGCUUAACCAUUCUUGUUUAAUUGUGUUAAUUUAUAUCUCCAGCACAAAGCUAAAUAGUAAUGGAGUUGAGUGUGCCCUUGCUUUACUACCGGCCUGUUGCUGUAAUGUUUUUUGGUUAAGACACUGAUUUGGAGACUAUAAUUUAUGUUAUGGAAUUGUUUUUCCAUUUCUCUUCUUGAAGAGAUUUUUGUUUGCAUGGAAUGUAACUUCUGUCAAGGCUAGUGAUAACCAUGAUUUUUCUUCUUUAAUGUAUAAAUAUAUAGAUGUCUACUAGACCAUUCUUGAGUCCCUACUAGAACCCUACAACUUAGUUAUAAUUUAUCAUUUUCUGGAUAUGGUUUCUGGGUGUGUUACCAAUAUUUUAUUUUAUUUGAGGUUUAAAGUUGAUAUUCUGAAUGGUGUUGGCCUAGAAUGUUUGUUUCUACCAUUUUUGAUAGCUUGAAAUGUUAGUGUCUACCAAGUUCAAAAGAAUUUGGUACAAGACAGCCAGAUCAACCCUGUCUGGGAAAAAAAAGGGUGGGGGGGCAAUUUGGAAAUUUCCUCUGGUUUGCUCUGUUCCAGAACCUUUAUAUAGUCACAGCUCUCCUGUGAGUGUUGCACUCUGGUGUAUGGUAUGGGGAUUCCCUCAGUACUGAUACUGUUCAUUUGCUACAUUGAGUGAUACAUCAGUCCUUUGAAAUGGAUUCAGCUUUCCAUCUUUGGUGAGGUCAAGUCUUGUCAACUACAUUUCCCUAAGGCAUUCAUCUCAUAUAUUUUUAUUUCCAGUGUUUUCCUUUUAUCAUUCCGAUAGGUUUUCACAAAUGUUGUGCAGGGUGACAGUAUUAGGGAAUGAGACCUAUGGGGUGGUGAUCUGCUCAGAGGGCUGACUUCCUCAAUGGGACUAGUGACCUUAUAAAAAAGACCCAUCCAUGGCCAGAUGUGGCAUACGCCCAUAACUGCUAUAACUGGGAGGCAGAGGCAGGAGGAUCUGAAAGUUCAAGGCCAGCUGGUCUACAAAGGAAGUUCAAGGUCUCAUCUGUGAACCAGAGAUUGGUCCACUCUGAAUCCAUAACAGUUAAGAAUCUGUAAAUUCCCCAGGUCGGAGGAUUUUGUUACAGUAUCCAAAUGGAAAGUUGCUGUGUACAAUGAUGUCAACUUCCUGGCUUCCUCAGCACCAAUGGCAUCUUCCCUGGCCAUUUCCUACUCUAUGUAUUUGUAUUUGUAUGUAUCCCCCCCCACACACACACUUUUAAGGUUGAAUUAUCUAGUACAUUGACUAUUUUGUGAUAUUCAAAGAACUGCCGGCUCCAUUCCCUCCCCGCCCCCGCCCCACCUCCAGUUCUUUCUUCUCCCUUUUUCCUUUGUUAUUUUAUUUGUACUUUCUUUUGUACUUUAAGAAUUCAAGGGGUUGGGGAUUUAGCUCAGUGGUAGAGCCCUUGCCUAGGAAGCGCAAGGCCCUGGGUUCGGUCCCCAGCUCCGAAAAAAAAAGAACAAAAAAAAAAAAAAAAAGAAUUCAACUAAUUAAAAUUUAAUUCACUUUAAUUAUUACUGCUGUAUGUUUUAGGGCCAUAAAUUAUACUCGGGUGUGGAAAUGUUCUUGGGUUAGCUCAUGGACUCCAAUACACAACAAUCCUGUGGUUUCUGUGCUUCUCUAUACCCAGGAAUUGUGAGAUGUAAAGUUUCUCCAUUUUUCUGGUUGAAAAAUAUACCCAGACAGAAGAAAGAGACCCAAGAGCCCACCUAGGUGCCACUCUGAUGCAUAAACGCGUGAUGGAGAGAUGAGAAAAUGGAGUGUGGGAUGGAGGGACAGGACGGAGAGCAAAGCAGAGGGGCUCGUGCUGUGGAGAACAUUCACAUUCAUUCAUUUAUGAACUGCAGGGACAUGUGAAAGUGCCGUUGUUCCUGCAGACCCAAAGCUGUAGGACCUUCAUGGCACAGGAUAGCCCAGAGGAGUCCUGGUGAGGAUUCAGUAUUGAAUCCCAUAGCGAGACCUAUGACUCGCUGCAGUAGACAUCUACAAGUAAAGGGUGUGCUGUGUGACACAUCGUCACACCCUACAGCUUCCACCACAAGAUUUUGUUGUCGUUAUUGUUGUUGUUUUUUUCUACCUUAUUUUCUUUUGGGGCAGAGGUUACCAGGGCAGAUACAAAAGGACACAGGGAUGAGUGGGACUGGGAUACGUGAUGUGGAAUUCACAAAAAGUCAAUUAAAAAAAAAAGCUAAGGGGUUGGGGAUUUAGCUCAGCGGUAGAGCGCUUGCCUAGGAAGCGCAAGGCCCUGGGUUCGGUCCCAGCUCCGAAAAAAAGAACCAAAAAAAAAAAAAAGCUAAAAAGAAGCAAAGGAAAAAACAAAGACUGGCUAUGAAACUAUUGUGAGGUCUGAAUUCACUCUUGAUUGUCUGCUCGGUGGAAACAGACAUAUCCAGCUUUGACAGUAGAGGGCACUAUAGAGACACUGCAGGAGGCUGUCCCCUUUGCUCUCUUUCCAGGCUCCCCUGCUUCUGCAGCAAGGGUGGCUUCUCUGCUUCCAGGUUCCUAGAUAUGGACAGCCUCUCCAGAGCUGCCUCAUGGCUGAGAGAGCUUCUCUGCUGAGCAGUUGAUGGGGCUGCUUCAGUGCUGGCUCAUUGGCAAUGGCAACCGCUAGGAGCUUGACCUAUCCCAUUGAAAGCUGCUCUGUAUUCACAAGGCAGCUCUCCAGCCAGUCCAGAGGUAUGGAUUUCCAACAACUUCCACUAGUGUAGCUCACUAGGAAAUUCUCUGCUCGUCACCAAACCAUUAGACAAGAUCUGGCUCUUCUUUCAGGGGCCUCCUUCUCAAGCUGGCUCAGACCUGCACAAUGAUGACUUUCUUUCUUUCUUUCUUUCUUUCUUUCUUUCUUUCUUUCUUUCUUUCUUUCUUUCUUUCCUUCUUUCUUUCUUUCUUUCCCUUUCUUUUCUUUCUUCUCCCUUUUCUUUUCAUUUCUUUUCUUUCUUCUCCCUUUUCUCCUCCUCCUCUUUUCUCUCUUCUUUCCUUCCUUUUUUUUUUUUUUUUUUUUUUCCUCCAGAGCUGAGGACCGAACCCCAGGGCCUUGGGCUUGCUAGGCAAGCGCUCUACCACUGAGCUAAAUCCCCAACCCCUUUCCUUCCUUUUCUUUUUCUUCUUUUCUUUUUCUUUUUCUUCUUUUCUCCUCCUCCUCCUCCUCCUCCUCUUUUUCUUCCUUUUUUUUUUUCCAAGAAAGGUUUUCUCCUUGGCUGUCCUGGAACUCCCUUUUGAACUUGCUCUUGUAGUGCAAGCUAGCCUCCAACUCAGAGAUCCUACUGACUGCCUUCCAAGCACUGGGAUUAAAAGCAUGUACCACCAUGCCUAGCUCACAGUGACUGUCUUAUUCUCUGCCAUUCUUCUGCUAUUUGGAGACCUCUUUUGUCUUCCAUAAAGUCAAAAUAUUGCAGGAGGAGGCAGGAAGGAGCUAAGCCAGAGCAAGUGGCGAUUCAGUAUUAUGUUUUAUGUCUAGAGGAAAGGGCUUGACUGUGGCUUGGGUGUGGGAAACAACUGGGGUGGAGAAAUGGCCCGCAACUUGUAGAUUUGGGACAUACAGAAAUGAAGGAAUGGUGGAGAGAGAAAUGUCUCAAACAAAACACAGUCUGGCAUGGAGGGUGAGGACUAAAUUUUGUUCUAGACAAAAAGUCCAUCUGUGGACCAAACUCCAAUAAGAAAUGACUGCUGUGUGGGUUAAAGACAGUGGUGGUUCCUGGGAUCCAUUCCAGAUCAAGUGAAUCAGAACCUCUGGGAAAGAAAGCCUGUCCCAAGCUGCCCACAAGGCUGAUGCCUUUCCAAUGCUUGCCACCAUGGCACCUCAUUCUCCGUCACUUCCUCCCCCUCUCUGAUCUCCAUGCACUGUUGCUGGUUCUCCCUGGAAAUGGCAGCAGUCUUAAACACACCACAACACAGAUGCCCCAAAUACACGACUCAGAGAUGACUAGAAUAGGUGAGUUGUACCACACUGCAACAUCCGUGACCCAAAUGCAAAAGUCAACAGCAUUUCUGUAUACUUGCCAUGAAUGGUCUGCAGAAUGUAAUUGGCAGAUCCAGCUACAGCAGCAUGGAAAAGGAAAUCGAGAGGUAAGUACGACAAACCCCAAGAUGCAACACUGAAAACCACAACUAUGGAAAAGAAUUGAAGACACAAGUGAGGGGGAAAUACCCACAUUUCAAACUGAAGGCGUCAUGCUGUCAAAAUGGCAGUACUCGGGCACUCACCAUCCACAGACUCAACACAUUUCCCAUCGAAACCCCAGC